AUGGACGAAAAGGACAAAACUCGCAGUCCUGCCUUUUCCGAGCAGAGCGAGGGAAACAUCCCGAGCACAACAAACGACCUGAAACCCAGCGGACUUUCCGAGUGGCUCCUCGCAAGAAAAGACCAGCGGAUGCCCCAGAUUGAAGUGUCCUUCAGCAAACUCAACUGCUAUGGAUUCCUCACUUCGGCACAGUACCAGACGACAUUCCUCCCCAGCUUGACCAGGCUCUCCCAGAAAGUGCGACGUCAGCUACAGAGAGUCCAUAUUCUGGACGAUUUCGAAGGUUUGAUCCGGCCUGGAGAGAUGCUGCUGGUGCUCGGACGACCUGGCAGUGGAUGCUCGUCUUUUCUCAAGGUAUUGGCUGGCGAAACCCAUGGGUUGAGUCUGGACGCAGCCUCAAAAUGCAGCUACAGGUUCAAACAGUUUGACAAUAACCUCGUGCACGAGUCGAUAACACCAUCUCCAUGGACGCCGAUCUCGUACGAUCAGAUGCAUCGUGACUUCACAGGGGAGCGAAUAUACCUUGCUGAACUUGAUGUCCAUUUUCCCGAACUUAGUCUGGGUCAGACUCUGGGGUUCGCCGCUUCGACACGCCGGCGUUUGUGGACCGAUCCGAGUUGUGCCCAGGGGAGAACACAUUCAAGCAGUAGUCAGACCAUGGCCUCGCUGUUCAACCUGACAGAAGCGCUCGAGACCCCUAUGGGAGAUGCUAUAAUACGAGGCGUAAGCGGCGGGGAAAAGAGACGGACCAGUAUUGCUGAGGCAUACGUUGGCGGCGCACAACUGCAGUGCUGGGACAAUAGCACCCGCGGACUUGACAGUUCGACGGCCAAGCAAUUUAUCAAGCUACUGAGGAGUUCAACGGAUGUACUUCAGUCCACAGUUGCCAUGAGUCUCUAUCAGGCAUCUGAAAGCAUGUGCCAGUGCUUCGACAAAGUGAUGCUGCUUUACGAAGGCCGCGAGAUCUUCUUUGGGCCUGUGGGUCUCGCAGCAGAGUACUUUAUUGCCAUGGGUUUCGCCAGACCUAGUCGUGCAACCACGCCAGAUUUCUUGACUUCCCUGACAAACCCGGCAGAACGUGUCGCCCGCCCAGGUUUUCACGACCGGGUACCAAGAACAUCUGACGAAUUCGCGACGGCAUGGAAGCAGAGUGCAUUGGCCCAGUCACUUCGCGCCGAGGUCGAAGCGUCCAACUCGACGAUCUCUCCUUCGGACAGUCAGCAGUCGGCUACAAGCGGGGAGUCAAGCCUGGCCGGCAAAGUCAGUUUUCGGGAGUCAACGUUUCCUCUCCAAAUACACGAACAGGUCCUUAUCUGUCUCAAGAGAGCCUAUCAACGGCUUCGCAACGACUACGUCCCCAUCCUCUCAGCAAUCAUCGCAAAUUCGAUCCUUGGAAUCAUUGUUGGCAGUGUAUUCUACAAUUUAGGCGAGGGCACGAACGAUCUGAGACAGCGAUCCAUCCUCCUCUUUUUUGUCACGAUGCUCAACUCUUUCGUACCCGCUUUUGAAGUUGAUCUUAUGUGGGCACAGAGGCCGAUCGUUGAGAAGCAACAUCGCUAUGCGUUCUACCACCCCUUUGUCGAGCGGCUGGCCUCUAUGUUAUGCGACUUUCCUAGCAAACUCGCUCUGUCCUUCAUGCUCCACAUCCCGGUCUACUUUAUGACCAACCUCCGGAGGACUGCGUCAUCUUUCUUCACCUACUGGUGUUUCAUGUUGGUGAAUCUCAUCACCAUGGCAAUGCUCUUCCGUAUGAUCGGGACAAUUUCAAAGUCUCGGAACGGAACCAUGACACCAGUCUCGAUCUUAACAGUUCUCUGCGUUCUAUAUGCCGGCUAUGUUGUUCCUCCUCCUUACAUGGUUCCGUGGCUCGGUUGGUUUCGCUUCAUCAACCCAGUCGCUUAUACCUACGAAAGCCUCAUGAUUAAUGAGUUCAGCGAUCGUCAAUUUCCGUGUUCCAAUACAGUCCCCGACGGGCCGGAGUACAGCAACAUCAAUCAAAGUCUGAAGCUGUGCCCGGAGAUUGGUAGGAUGGCGGAGUCGGGGAGUGUGGACGGCAGCGCGCAUAUCGCACUGCAAUACGGAUACUCCCAUGAUCAUUUAUGGAGGAAUAUCGGAAUCCUUCUCGCCAUGAUGGUUGUCUUCUGCGUUAUACAUCUGCUGGCCGCCGAAUACAUACCUGCUGAGCGGUCCCGGGGUGAGGUCCUCGUCUUCAAGCGCAGCGUGGCUCCAAAACUUCACAGGACAAAAGCAGCUCGAGAUGAUGAGACAGGGGAAGUCCCUACUCUCGCUCAAGAUGUCCUAGUCCGCGGUCUCAUGGGUGGCGACAAACCUCCUGGGGCAUCGGAGCCUGCAAUUGUUGUCGACGCCGGUAAGCACGCAUCUGUGUUUCACUGGAGUGGAGUCACAUACGAUGUCAAGACCUCUGGUGGCUCCCGAACAAUUCUGAAGGGCAUCGAAGGAUGGCUCAAGCCAGGGACUUUCACGGUACUCAUGGGCGCCACUGGAGCAGGUAAGACGACGCUGCUCGAUGUCUUGGCGGACCAGACUUCGGCCGGCAAGGUAGGUGGCGAUGUCUUUAUCGACGAUCAGCCGCGGGAAUCCACUGAGAACUUCCGGCGGAGGAUGGGCUACGUGCAACAAAACGAUAUUCAUGUGUCAAGUUCGACUGUGCGUGAAGCAUUACAAUUCAGCUCCUUGCUGCGACAGCCGAGAACGAAAUCAGAAGAAGACAAGUUGGCAUAUGUUGAGACAGUUCUAGAGAUGCUAGAUAUGGAAGCCUACGCCGAUGCUAUUGUUGGAGUCAUGGGCGAAGGAUUGAAUGUGGAACAGCGAAAACGUCUCUCCAUUGCCAUAGAGAUGGUUGCCAUGCCCGAUCUUGUUUUGUUCCUUGACGAGCCAACCUCGGGACUCGACAGCCAGACAGCCUGGUCAAUCUGUACGCUAUUGCGGAAGCUGGUGAACAACAACUACACUAUUCUUUGCACGAUUCAUCAGCCCUCUGCCCAGCUAUUCAACCUGUUCGAUAGAGUCCUCUUGCUAAAGGACGGCGCUACAGUCUAUUUCGGCGACAUUGGCCAGGACGCUAACGUGUUGAUGACUUAUUUUGAAAGUAAGGGUGCUCAGGAGUGUCUCCCAGACCAGAACCCAGCUGAGUGGAUGUUGCACAUAACAAGAGGCCAGUCUGCGACAGCUUCUGACACCGAAACUUGGUCCACAAAGUGGCAAAACAGCCAGGAAAGACACAACGUCACACAACAGCUCGAGGGCCUCAAAGCAAAACGGAACCCAUCCACAUGCCCAGAAAAGGAGAAUGGCCCGGGACUUGACGAGGGGGAGUUUGCAGUGCCUAUUUUCAAGCAGAUAUCAUUGGUUUCGAAGCGUUUCUUCCAGGAUCAAUGGAGGGACCCCGUUUACUUGUACACAAAAACAGCAAUGUGCACCGGCCUGAGCCUCGUCAAUGGCAUCUCAUUCUACAACGCCAAGCAUGACAUACAGGGACUGACAAAUCUCCUAUUCUCCAUAUUCCUAAUCUCACAGCUCUUCAGCGCCCUGAGUCUGCUAAUUCUCCCACGGUUUGUCCGGGGACGUGACGUGUUCGAAGCCCGAGAGCGCAACUCAAAGACAUAUUCGUGGAUGGCUUUCGUUACAGCAAACAUAGUCGUCGAAGCCACCUGGCUGACCCUCAUUUCAGUCUUUCUAUUUGUCUGCUGGUAUUAUCCUACGGGUAUGCAGCGGAACGGAAGUGCGCACUUCGGCACCGCUGAGCGCGGUGGCCUCGUUUUCUUGCUAAUAUGGCUGUUCUGCCUUUGGGCUAGCACACUGUCUCAAGCGUUCGCCGCGGGGAUCAGUGGCCCAGAGACGGCUAUCCAGAUAGCCACUCUCUGUUUCUGGCUGAGCCUUGUUUUUUGCGGGAUUCUCGUCUCUCCUACUGGGCUUCCAGGAUUCUGGAUCUUCAUGUACCGUGUAUCUCCCCUGACCUAUGUUCUGGAGGGUCUCGCUAUUGCCGGAAUAUCUGACACGAGGGCUGCGUGCUCUGCCAUCGAGAUGCUGCCCAUUAUACUCCCUACUGAUGCAGCGACAUGCGGAGAGUACCUGAAAGCCUACAUUCUCGUUGCAGGCGGCUACGUUUCCAAUGGGGGUGACACCAGCGGACACUGCCAGUACUGUCCAGUCUCGGACGCAAACAUAGUACUUCGAAGUUUGGGCAUGGGCACUGAUAAACAGAGAGCAUGGCGCGAUGUAGGAGUAAUGGCUGCCUAUGUCUUGUUCAACACGGUGGCGAUCUUUGUUAUUUAUUGGCUGGCGAGAGUUCCUCGAAGGAGCAAGCGAGAAAAGCGGUCAUGA